AUGUCCAACGCCGCCGCCCGGACAUCCUGGAACGCUCUUAUCAGGACCCAUCAUAUCACUUCUCGCAWGAAGGUCACCAAGUUACGCCAAGCUGCGAGUAAUGACAAUGUCUUCGCUCUGCUGCGAAGUGGAGGAUCACCUGGCAUCAUGUAUGUUGAGGGAGGAAAAGCUGAAGUAGAGAACUGGGUGGCCGCCGUUCAGAGAUUGCGAUACAAAGACUUUCAGCUCGCUGCUCGUCCUGCAGCAAUUGAAGUUGAAAGCGCCAUUAGUACCACUGCCGAUCAAACUUCCACUGGGCUGUUCGAGACUGAGUCUGUUAAGGAUUUCGCUGCCCAAAUGGAAAAGCGCCGUGUCCUGGACUGGUGGAGAAAGGCAAUGGGCUACUCCGGUAGUGAGGAUCGCUUGUAG